GCUUCUCGGCCUUUUGGCUAAGAUCAAGUGUAGUAUCUGUUCUUAUCAGUUUAAUAUCUGAUACGUCCUCUAUCCGAGGACAAUAUAUUAAAUGGAUUUUUGGAAUUAGGAGAUGGAAUAGGAGCUUGCUCCGUCCACUCCACGCAUCGACCUGGUAUUGCAGUACUUCCAGGAACGGUGCACCCCCCUUUGGGGGAACAAUAAUGGUUUUAAAAAAAGAACAGUGUUUUUAGAAGGGUUUCGGCCCUAGUCAGGGAGUGUUGGUUUUCCUUCAACAUACUAAGUCAACGGGGCUACUAAGUAGUUUAAUUGGAACAUAUAUGACUUAACCUGACUUGUGAGCUCGCGAGCUUUUCCACCUCUUUUUACUCCGCCGUCGGCUCCGCGCUGAUAACUCAGAAAUUGAAGUCUUUUCCGGGUUGUGUGUUUUUCCGCCGCCCGUGCUCUGUCUUUGUCAGAUAGAAGUGUACUAACGUUAAUAAGAAUAAUAUAUUGCUCAGCGGGGAGCGUUCUGAUACAAGCAAGUAAAGUAAUUUGAGAAUGAUCCCCGUUGUUUCUCACUCUGCGUGCAAAAAUUGUUUUCCUGGUAUGUUUAUCGAUGUGCUUCUCCCCAAGGCAGUUUCUAUUUGGUAAAAUAACUUUCUCGGUCUGGGAGCUGGAGUAGCAACUUUUUUUCUCUUGCAGUUUUAGAAAAUGCUUUCUUUAAAGGGUUCAAAAACGAUUUGCAGGUUUGUUUUAUCCUGGAUUAUAAAGGGGAACUCCCGGGGGAUCGGCCCAGCCUAGCCUAAACCCCAGGUGUACCCCCGAGUUUACAAUGAGAGGAAACCUUUAAGGUUAAGGUGGAGUUUAGAUUUGAUUUAAUGUAAUAGGCUCAAUACAAACUUGGACUGUGGAGGGGAGACAAAGGGGUCAAUGUCCAGUGUACCCUGUGAAGUAGACAUCGUGCUUGUUACCUUGGGAACAACGUUUGCAUAAGUGUGGAAUGUUGUGCUCAGAACCCUCAUUUCACAGCUCUGCAGCUGAGCUGGAAAUCGAGGCUGCUUCUUUGUGAGGCCUUGUGCAGGCAAGAGUGCGAUGCUUUAUUUCUUACUGAUAAAAUUUUAAACGGGCAAAUUUCUGGUACUCUAAUCUCAGAGAACAAAAUCUCUGUAAUAAAAUUGUAGUCAUUCACAGGAAGGGUGGUUACAUUUAUGCAGCAGCAGCUUGUACCUGGGAGAAAUACUGUUAAUUUUGCAGUUUUAUUCUCAGUUGGAGCUGAUGUUUUUUACCAUCACCAAACCUCAAUGCGAGGAAAUAAAAACGCAGCUACCUCCACUUUCUAGGUUUCUAUUUUAAGAUCAUCGGUUUCAUUUUCCCCAUCCUUCGUCGGUUUGUGGCUUUUAUGCUCGAGGUUGAAGCCAUGCGCCUCAGUGAUUUUUUUUUUUUUUUUCCUCAAGUGUGCUCGUCUUUCUUGUCUUGUACAGAAAACAUAUUACACGAUGCUUUGGAGCAGGAAGGCGCCUUCCACUCCAAGUACACAACUGUCAAGUUACUCUCCAGAUCUCCACCAGCACCCCCAGAGUUCGUAAAGCAAAACCAGCUGCAGAAGGCAGGGGACCAGGGGAUCUUUACUCUUCUCUUUUUUAUUAUUUUAAGUUUGUAUUUAUUUAAGUGAUCGGUACACCCAUCGUGGGGCUUUAGAACUUACGAUACGGAGAUCAAAAGUCACGAACUCCUCCCACCCAGCCAGCCAAGCGCCCUUCUUCCGGCUUUUUAAACUGCAAGAGACGGCGUUCAUCCGGAUCAAACGCGGCGCGCUGGUGACGCAACGCUGCGCCGGAAGUGCGAGCCGUGGGCUGCUGGGUUCCGUUAUGGCAGCUGCUGGGGCACGCUGGAACCAUGUGUGGGUGGGCACCGAGACCGGGAUCCUGAAAGGGGUGAACCUUCAGCGCAAACAGGCGGCGAACUUCACGGCGGCAGGACAGCCGCGGCGCGAGGAGGCGGUGAGCGCCCUGUGCUGGGGCGCGGGCGGCGAGACUCAGAUCCUGAUGGGUUGCGCCGACAAAACAGUGAGGUACUUCAGCACCGAGGAGGGCAGAUUCCAGGGCCACAAGCACUGCCCCGGCGGGGAGGGCACGUUCCGAGGCCUCGCCCAGGUCGACGGCACCCUCAUCACAUGUGUGGAUUCUGGGAUUGUCCGCGUCUGGCGUAACAAUGACAAGGAAGCAUCCUCUGACCCACUCCUGGAGCUGAGUGUGGGUCCUGGGGUGUGCAGGAUGCGCCAAGACCCAGCACGCCCGCACGUGGUUGCCACGGGUGGGAAAGAGAAUGCUUUGAAGGUGUGGGACCUACAGGGGUCGGAGGAGCCUGUGUUCAGGGCCAAGAAUGUACGGAACGACUGGCUCGACCUGCGGGUUCCCAUCUGGGAUCAAGAUAUACAGUUCCUUCCUGAAUCUCAGAAGCUUGUCACCUGCACAGGGUACCAUCAGGUCCGUGUCUACGAUCCAGCCUCUCCCCAGCGUCGGCCAGUCCUAGAGGCCACCUACGGAGAGUAUCCACUUACGGCCAUGACCCUCACUCCCGGGGGCAAUUCAGUGAUCGUGGGCAACACUCAUGGGCAGCUGGCAGAAAUUGACCUUCGGCAAGGGCGCCUACUGGGCUGUCUGAAGGGGCUGGCAGGCAGUGUCCGAGGAUUACAGUGCCACCCUUCAAAGCCCCUACUAGCCUCCUGUGGCUUGGACAGAGUCUUGAGGGUGCACAGGAUCCGGAAUCCACGGGGUCUAGAGCAUAAGGUUUAUCUCAAGUCUCAACUGAACUGCCUCCUCCUGUCAGGCAGGGAUGACUGGGAGGAUCAGCCCCAAGAGCCUCAAGAGCCCAAAAAGGCGGCCCCAGAAGACACAGAGACAGAUGAACUUUGGGCCUCCUUGGAGGCAGCCGCCAAGCGGAAGCUCCCUGAUUUGGAGCAGACCCAAGGGGCUCUCCAAACCAGAGGGAGAAAAAAGCAGCGGCCUGGAUCCACCAGCACCUGAAGAGCCUGUGCUCACUUUGUCAAUAAACAGUUUAACACCCA